AUGGACUUGCCACCGGAUCCAUACUUGGCACUCGGCCUGCCCAAAGAUGCCACUCAAGCCGCGGUCAAGACGGCACAUCGCAAGUUGGUGUUGAAGUGUCAUCCUGACAAAGUCACCGACCCAGCCGCGAAGCAAGCCGCCGCGGACCAGUUCCACAAGAUUCAGACGGCGUAUGAGAUUCUGAUUGACGAGGAUCGCAGAGGGCGAUAUGAUGCGCAGGUGCGCCUGGCAAGUUUGAGGAAGGAUGCGAUGGAGAGGCCAGGCGCAGGCGCCGCAAGACCAUCGUACAAAUCUUCACAUGAGCCAAGUGCGAGACCGGCGUAUGCUUCUCGUGCUUCGGAGCGCAUGCCGCCGCAGUAUGAGGAGAGGAGACCUUCAUAUGCUGCCGCAGACUACUUUGAUGCCAGGCCACGACCCUCGCCCGCGAGGAAGGAGCCCGAGUACGAGCGUCCAUCGAAGCGGAGUGAAGCGAAGGAGAAGCCGCGGACCUCCACAAGAGAUGCCAAGGAGAGUGAGCGAGAGAGGCGGAAGGAGAAGACUCGCAAGACGGACCGCGAGACAAGGAAGGAUCGCGAAACAAAGUACACUCCACGUGUCGACGAUGACUCGGAGAGUGACUCGGAUGAGUAUGCGAGGAGGUCGGGGAGGAUGCGUGAGGAGGAAGCAAUGCGCAAGGCGAGGCAAGCACACUAUGAAGAAGUCUACAGGCAUCGCAAGGAGAGUGCCGCUGAGCCUCACGAUGUCUAUACGCGAAAGAUGGACGACGCCCGUGAUUACAUUCAAUCCAGCCGCGUCCGACCCAGAACAGAGCCUCCGAUGGAGGAUGCCCCUCGUUCUCGAGCGAGGGCCGAUCCCCGGGAAGAGGCCGAACGUCGCCCAUCCGCCGCACGCAUGGCCUCCACCAAGGACAAGGUCGAAUAUGUCAAGGGUAGGGAUGGAAGGCCAGCUGUUGUUGUCCGUCGCACGUCGGAAAGACCAAAGUCGAAGGAUGUGGAGCCUCCUCGUGCGGAGUACUCGCACCGGCGCGAACCAGAGCGUCGAUCAAGUGCAGAGAAGCUUGCGGAUCGCAGACCACCGAUGCUGAACACAUCGAAAUCCUCACCAUCCGACAUUCGAAUGCCAGCAAUGGAAAAGCAACGUGCGCAGUCUAUGCAAGUGGAAGCAGAGCCUGCGCCUCGCGUUUCUCCCGUGAAGCGAUCUGAGACGAUGCCUUAUGGCGUUCCUCGUGCGGCGGAAAACGCCCCUCCUACGAAGGGUUCGCAUCUGCGGCAGACGGAGUUUUCCGAAGGACUCGCCACGCCUGCCACCACCCCGGACCAUGCUACACCACCAGCGAACAAGUACAACUACAGCAGGCAAUAUGCCGAUGAUGCAGAAUACCCCACUCCUGAUGGCUACCGGACCGAACUUCGUGAGCCUGGAUCCAAGUCCCGCCCUACUGUGCCUCACCGCGUUACACGCAGUCCGUCUCCUAUCAAGGAGUCUCGUGACGUCCGAGAACAACGUGAAGAACGAUCGAGGGAUCCAUCAAGUCGGGAUGGUCGCUCUGCAAGGACAUCUUCCGCGAGACAACCAUCUGCUCCCCAACCAGCGAUGCCACCCCGUACGACAAGCUACAUGUAUUCCGGUCCCGGUCAAGGCGUAGAAGCCUACGACCGUGCGUCACGUCCUGCAAUGCCUCGGGGCGAGUCUAUGCGAAGCGAAGUUCCGACUAGGGAAGGAUUGUAUUACGGAGAGGUCCCUACCACAAAGAAUGGUGUACCACCUCGACACCGAUCCGCGGCUGUGGAUGAAGGCAUUCGGUACGCGAAAAAACCUAAACCGGAGGAUAUCAAAGUUCAGAGUGGGUACAGCUCCGUUGGGAGAAGAGCGCCUGAGAGGCCAAUGUAUACGAGGAGUGGGAGUGGAUAUGGUGUCAAAGCUUGA